UGUUGGACAAGUAGAUGCACAUUCUCCGUUUGGUUGCGGGAAAUAUGUUUUAUUUUCUAAAUUAAGAAAUGACCGGAAAACUUUUAAUGUACCCCGUGUUUCAGACUGUACCAGGAGACACUUUCAGAUGAGGAUGCUUUCACCGACGAAGCCGGCGAUCACCUACUUGAUCGGGAUUGUGUUAUGCCAUUUUUCCGACUGCUUUACAAACUAGCAGGUAAACUUGAAAAAAUAAGCCGUGGCAGAAAGCUUCACCUUUACCGCGACAUUUGACCGAAAAGCCCUGACAGUGUAUUUUCUGACCACUUUGGUCGUUGUUAAUUCGCUGUUUGUGAUUUUUGGUGUUUUAUUUGCUCCGUUUGGAUAAGUUGGACCGGAUUAAAAAGCCAAAGGACCUUGUCGAGUAAGUGGCUGUUCAUUGGAAACAGUGCUGAAUAUCCCUCAUUUGUGGCCUGAAUAUGAAUAACCUCUCUAAUGCACAGAUAUAACGGUGUUUACUUGACGAAAUCAACCUGAGGAGUUCAUACUAAGUUUGUGCGCGAACACAUAAAGCGGCUGAAGCGCUGAAUCUCACAGCUGUUCAUUUAAACAACUGUAUCAAGCGGACAGGAUUUUACCUAAAAAUCUAACGAAAUGCGAUAGACGCGAGAAAGCAGUCCUCUCGGUUACAUUGGAUCGGGUGUUUUGGCGUGAGGCCUGCUGGUCGGGCUUUUGCCGGGUGAUAUUUGGGGCUAAGGCCGCGUCAGGGCGCGUGGAGCCCGGCCGAGAGUGACGCGCAGUCUCGGUGUCAGAGGACGAGCUAUGGAGAGGAUGGAGGUGGACCAGUGCGCAGGCGCAGGAGGAGCCCUCCGAAGGUCGAACAGCGCCCCGAUGAUCACGAACGUCAGUGAUGGAACGACAGUAUUCAGCUCCACUAGUUCAGCUCGGUAUCGCCGGAGCAGUGUGUCCAUAAACCCUAGCUGUCCAUCCCGGACCCUCCCUCUGUCCCCGUUCUCUCUGUCAUGUGAGAGAUCUGAACACAAGAGACCGAUUGAGAAUAUGGAGCUGACUUUAAGAGGGAGUUUACAGAGAUUAAGUGCCUCAUCCGCUGUUCCUCUCCCUCCUGCGAGUCACUGGCAUGAUCAUCUGUCUCCAGGAUUUCAUUCUCAAGACAGCGGCGUCACCCCUAAUUCCUCACCCAGCCCGACUCGAAGGUUUCGAGGAGGAUCUGUAAGCUCUGGAGUGAGAUGGCCAUCAGCUGCACCUUUGAAAAGGAAAGGUGGAGUGGAAUCAGACGGUCCUCCCAAAAAGCUCUUUGUCGCUGGAGUCACAGACCCUGCUCACAUAACCAGUUACACAGUCAGUGUUUCCCAGUCAGUGGACUCAUCCUCUGGGACGCCUCCUGCCAGCUCAAACACCCAGGCCCUGUCCCUCUCCCCUCCGCCCCCGUUCACCUCGCACCAUCCCAGCAUCUGAACCCAAGUGUUCAUCACACCACAGUCCAGGUGUUGUAAAAUGAAGACCAAACUUAUCCCUGUUUUCCUGCUUUUUUUGUCAUUGUUGUUGUUCAUUUGGUGCUUUGAUGAGAGUCUCUUAGCUCAAUCACUUCUGAAGGAAAGUCCUCGUAACUGACUUUGAUUUCUUCGAAAGUCAAAAUGCAACGUUAGGAUGAUUAAAUCUUGACGUAUCUGACUACACGGACGCUGAAAACGAUCAUGUAAUUUAUAGUUCUGGAUCUUCGGUGCCUACAGAGUAGUGUGCUGUACAUCUAAAAGAGUAUCUGCAAUGACAGCGUUCAGGUUACUGCUGCAACCUGGCCAAUCUUGACUCAAAGAGCCUUUUUCCUCAGUGAAGACCAGUUUUGCUCUUCUUUGCUUUCCUCAAGUUGUGGCAGAACACGUUUUUUGUAUUUUUGGUACAUCUUCAGCUUCCAUUAACAGGGUCCAUCGGUCAUGCGGAACUGAAAACAAAAAGGACUAAAGCUAGAGAGUAUUAAAUGAGUUGACCGCAGAAGUCAAUGUUUUGUGUAAAUGUGUAUAAAUAUGUGAAUAAUCAAUUAUUUUAGCUAUUAAUUCUUUGUUUCUCUCUUGCGUUUACCUCCUGAGGGUCUGAUAUCUGUAAAUAAGUUUAUUUUUCCACUCAGAUUUGAGCUCAAACUCUUUAAGUUGGAACUAUCUUCUUUAAAUCGCCGGAAAUGAUACCAGCACAUUCAGGCAACUCUCAUCCACGUUUUAAUUGCUUUAUUAUAAUAAGUACUGUAAAAACUAGACAACAACAAAAACUAUCGCGUCUUGAAUCCAGUGUUGGCGAAAACUCAAAGCACUUUUAGUGAAAAGUCCACUUCCAAAACUGACCUAGAGACUGAGAAUGUAUCCUGUCUGAGGCUUAGAUGUGUUAUCUAGUACCAUAACAGUGUCAAAUCAGUCAAAAUGUUUUGUCCUCAAUUCCUAAAUGAUGAUCGUUCGCUGUUAAGUUACAUACUCAGACACGUCCAUGAUGCAGGUGACUGUUUUUUUCUUUAGUAGAUAAUUUAAGAUUUUUAACUGCAACUGCGGUCCUUUGUGAUUCAUGAAACUGAAGCCAAUGGCUAUCAGCACUUCGAGAGUCGAAAACACUCAAGAGGCAAAGAAAAUGAACACUGAAGAUACAUUGAAGCCUUGUUUACAGAGGCAGAAGACCCGAAAGCAUCUUCAGGAACCUCUGGUAUUAAUUAUGUUUUGCCUGUCUGUGCUUCUCUAACUCUCAAAGUGCUGAAAGCCACUGACUUCAUUUUUUUGUAUCACAAAUAACCAUAAACAUAGAUAAAAAUCUUACAUUUUCUACAAAAAAAGUCUCUUGCAUCUUAGACAGCCUGAGUAUCAGUAAAUAAAUAAUUUAGGAGAAUUAUUACUUUAAAGGAUUGCAUUACCUUAGGAAAUUGCCAUCAUUUACUCACUCUAAUGAAAUAGUUCCACACAAUUCAUUCAUGUCGUCCCAACACAAGUCGUUUAAGUUAACUUAACACUUUUAACAAAUUUAUGUGGACUGAACAUAAAAAAUUAAGUUGUCCCAAUGAAAUCUGAAGAAUUGUGUUGUUUCAGCUCAUUUUAAUUAAGUAGUUUGAACAAGUAAAAAAAAAAUAUUAGUUUGAGUGUCCUUUAUAACACAACUAAGGAGAUUUCCAUCCUCACCACUGAAACUGAUGCUUCAAAAGAGGUUGAAAAAUAAAUCUAUAAGAAAUGAGGGAUCGUGUCUCUACAGAAGACUUGGAUAACAGUUUUUGUUUGAUAUGGAUUUAUUUUUUGAUCUCUCUAUAAACGUUUUGGAGCCGCAGAGAAGAAGACUAAAAAUAGCGAAAGAUUUAUUUUCAGAUUUCAUUCAAAUAUCUUACUUUGUGUAACAAAAACAAACAAAAGGGUUUGAACAACAAUUGUACUGAUAUGAGUGAUAGUUCACCCUAAAGUGAACAUUUCCUCAACAUUUCCGCACACUUAAGUGGUUCUAAACUGUUUCUUGUAUUUCUUCAGUUGAACAUAAUACAAGAUAUUCUGAACAAUGUUGAGAAAAAGCAGCCUUUGACAUCAAAAAAUACUAUGGAUGUCAUUGGCAAUUUUUUCCAACGUUCCUCAAUCUUUCUUUGUGUUCAACAGACGAAAGAAACUCAAACAGGUUUGCAACGAAUGGAGCACGAGUAUAAAUGAUGGCAGAACUUUGGGUGAACUAUCCCUUAAAGUUGUGAAUUAUGUACAGAAAACAAAGACUUUAAACUUAUACAAUCACCGUUUUAGCAGAUUUUAUCCUCUUCCUCUUGUACUAUUUGCACAGUGUUAGAUAUCAAUGUUGCUGUUACAUGAAUGGGAUCAUAUUUACUUUAUUUUUAACUCAUCUUCGUAUGUUUGAGUCCUUUCAGUUGGGAAAUGUUGACAUCUUUUUUGAAGUCGAGACUUUUUAAAGUCUGCAAUAUAAGAUGGGUUAUUUUAAUGUACAAGCCUCAGAUGCACCACUUCAGGCUUUAAUUCUGAGGUUUAAGCUGGAUGGAUUUUAUUAGGCCUGAUAAAUUAUUGUAUUAUCCCCAAAAUAGAGAAAAUGUUAAUAAAAUGACAUGCUGCAGUUAAUUGAACUGGAAGCCCUUUGUAAUAACAUCUCCACGAUACUUCACAGCAUUAUGCAAAUAACAUUGAGCGCUGCAUCUGUUAUGUUAUUUAUGAAUGCGCUCUGUUAGCAGUAUCUUUACAGAUAUCACGGUAAAGAUCCUCAAGUCCCAAAGUCAUUAUUUUAUCAACCGCAGCAGCUCGUCUGCAUCUAAAGCUGUGCACGGGACAUUUAAAGCCCUUUCUCUGUUUCCAUAUUCAUAUAUCAAUAGGAGUGCGGCUUGUUCUUCGAUAUGACGCCAUUGCCUUUUCCUUGUAGUUUCUCAUUCAGUGAAGACGAUGCCUUACAGGUUUUGAGUCUUGAAGUUUGAAUUCCAAAGUUACUUGCACUGUUUCCAGUUGAGGUCCUUGAGAUUUCAAAGAUUGAAAACCAAUGUUCAUGGCUCUUUAAAAGUGAUGUGCAAUAUGCAUUAAAGUUGCUGGAAUUGGUGUUUGUCACAUUCACUGGGAUAAUCAGUUGUGUGUGCUUAUCAAGAACCCAAACAGAAGACUUGAGAGCAGUUUGUUCUAAAUCAGUUGUAUAAUCAGCUAUUUUUAUUCAUGUUUUCCUACAUUAUGUACCAUAUUUCUUUGUUUAGAUUUGCCAUACACUUCCUGUAAGAUCUGUGCAUCAGAGAUGUCUUCUGAGCACUGUUAAUAAAUGGAUUGUGAGCGCACGGUAAAUCAUUGUAAAUGCCAAAGCCGACAGACUCUGUUCAAGUUGUAAAUAUAUUGUGAAAGCCAGAAAAAUUCAAGUGAAAGAUGGAUUAUUUUUUUGACGCGUUGGUAGCAAAAGUACAUUUAUUACCCCGAGAUGAAUGGCCAAUUAUCAGAGAAGGAAUAUCAUUUAGCAUAAAAUGAAAUGUAUAUUAUACCAUAUAUUCUUAUUAUGAAGAAGAUCAUAAUAAAAACUCAUUUUACUGA